AUGUUUGCAUGAUCUCUGAUGCUAAUUCCAUGAAAUUAUUAGCUUCUUUCACAUAAUUUAAUUGCAGAUACGUUCUGAAUGACCCAGAGAAUAAGUUCUGCUCUCUGCUUUGCUGAUAAAAUGACAAGACUGCUUUUUUUUAGGCCAUAUUUCGAAUAGCAUAAUUGAAUAGUUAAUUUAUUUCUCCACUAUGGGAGGAGAGGAUGAGCCCCCACUCACUCUUGUUAUGCCAAUAAAAGGCCCUUGAUGAGAAGCUACCCUGCAACCUCAGAAAUCAAUCUGAGCAAGCAACAUUAACUAUUGCAAUGGCUUCAGCUCAGUCUAUGAAACCAUCGGCUGCCACUGAAGUCUGCCAACCGAAAACCCAGCACAGCUCGAUCAGCCAAAAAAUAUCUGAGAUAACAAACAAGGCCUUCAAAGGACACCAUGCCCGCCAUGGCAGUACUCAGAAUCAAGUCCAAAACUACACCUCCCAAAGUCAGGUUGAAUCAAAUGGCCACAAUGGCUCCAAAACAGAAACUCACCACUAUGGUCAGACUCAGACCCAACACGACAAGAAGCAUGGUGUAACCAAAACCCAUAUUACAGUUUGUGUAGUUCAAGCAGAAAUCACUGAAACCAAAGAAGGCCCUUAUCCUUAUGGUGCAACUACAACAUGCUUUGGGGCUCCUAAGAAAAAUAGAGAGCUCAACAAUAAGAAGGAUAUGAAUUUGUUCCAGAGGAUUAAGAAUGGAAUGUCCCGCAAUAACAGUCAAGGAAACAGCAGCAGCAGCAGCGACAGCGAAAGUGACAAUGAAAAGAAAUGUCCAAAGACAAAGCCAAAGAAUUAAUGCAUGGAACUAGAAGCAGCAAAUGGGAUGCAACGCAACUGAACAAAGUUUAUUUAAUUAAAUGAAAACAUAUUUAUAAUUUGAUAUCAUUGUUGUACCCAAAAUAAUAGGGGCAAAUAAAUGCCAAUAUUUCACUUGUCUGCUGCGUGUACCUUAUGAUGAAUAAAAAAAAUUGAACUUUACCUA